AUGGUCCAGCCCCCAUUCUUCCACGUCGACCACGUCCGGAGGGAUAUCGAGGCCCUGACGGUCGCGGUGCACGAGCCGGUGCGGGACAACGGCGAAGGAACCUGUAUCAAGUCCGCGUGGCUCACUUUCCCCGAACCCGAGCGGGUGCGGGAGACUGCGUCUGAGUCUGUGACUGAGGACGACAAGGGUGAGGGCGAGCGCGAAGGUGAAGGUGAUCGCGCAGCCAAAGAUACCAGCGCCGCCAACGAGUUCCCCGUACUCCUGUCCGCCGGCGAAGGAAUCAUCAUCCACUACGACCUGUGGGCACAAUCCAGCUCCAGCUCCAGAUCGGCCAUCUACGCAUGGAAGGACCAUAGGACAGGCAAGUCGAGCGUGGCGAUGCCGAGCGCGCAGAACGCGGCGUACGACCUCGACAUCGUCGGCGGCACGCACUUUUGCUUCGUGCUCAAGGAGUGGCACAGCUGGGGCUUUCUCCGGCUCAAUGUAAAGUGCCUGGUCACCACCUCGGAGCUACCUGCGAUCCAGCCCAACUACUCCGACAGCAACGCCCACCACAAUCACACCCGGCCGCUGAUGUGGAUCGGCGUCGGCACCGAUACUAAUGCCUCCGCCUCCACGGGGAAGAGUCCCAGUCUGGUCCAGCUCGCCUACCGCGUUGGCGGGAUGCAUCAGGGUUCAAAGCCCGCGUAUUGGGUCCACAAGGACGAUGAUGGUGUGGAGAUGAUCUGA